AUGGUGAACUCCCUCGUAUUGGUGCUCAGCUGGGCUGUGAUGAUAUCUGAGGUGGCGAGAGCUCAGAAUGACACGGAGCCCAUCGUCCUGGAGGGGAAAUGCCUCGUGGUGUGCGACUCGAACCCGGCAACGGACUGGAAGGCUUCCUCCUCUCCACUCGGCAUCUCGGUGCGCGCCGCCAACUCCAAAGUGGCUUUCUCUGCAGUCCGGAGCAACAACCACGAGCCUUCGGAGAUGAGCAACAAGACGAGAAUAAUCUACUUCGACCAGGUUCUGGUGAAUAUAGGAAACUACUUCACAUUUGAGUCAGUAUUUCUGUCCCCGAGGAAAGGAGUCUACAGUUUUAACUUCCACGUCAUUAAAGUGUACCAGAGCCAGACCAUACAGGUGAACUUGAUGCUGAACGGGAAGCCCGUCAUCUCUGCCUUUGCGGGCGAUAAAGACGUGACUCGUGAAGCAGCGACCAAUGGAGUUUUGCUUUAUCUAGAAAAAGAGGACAAAGUUUACCUGAAGCUGGAGAAGGGAAACCUCGUUGGUGGAUGGCAAUACUCAACAUUUUCUGGCUUUCUUGUGUUCCCACUGUAAAAAAAAAAAAAAGAAGAUUGUAAGCUUACUGACUUCUUCAUAACGUGUUGUCACCGUAUAAUCAGAACAUUGCUGCUGCGUCUGGUGGAUCUUGCUGAGUGGCUGAGAAAUUAUUGAUGAAAACUGGAUCUGAAUGGAGGGGGAAGAAGACUUUGGACAUGGUCACGUAUCGGGAAAUGCUGAUGAAAGAGACCUGAAAUGUUCCCUAUCGCUACUGUACGUUCCUGUCACUCAAAGAGCCUCGGAAAGGAACACCGACACAU